GGACAUUUUAGAAGUCCAGUUCUAGAGUUACCAAAUCUGGUUUCGGAAAUUCUUGAAGAUUUAGGAACACAGCCUGGGGAACGUGGCAUUUGGGGAAUGGAGGAUGCUCAGCGAGGGUAUGAUUCAAUAGCGUCUACUCUCCAAGUCUGACAUUUCCUCCAAGGGGACUGCUUGUUGAGAUCCCCAGCCACCACCUGGAUGUUGGCAACUUUAUCUCAGGAACGACUUCCCCCGCACAUAACACACACGCGCUCUUUGCACGAUCUUGCAGAUUGGCCGGUGUUGCCCAAAGCGACGUAAAGGACGAAGAUACGGUUUCCCUUGACCUGUUUUUGGAAUCGUGAGAAAGGGUGGUCUGUUACUGGUUUCCUUUGCGAAUAUUUACAGAGCGCUAAGCGAAGAUGGGGUUUGCUGAGAAUGAAGUGAAACAGUACCUUUUGAGGAACUUAAGAAGGUUCCAAGGCUUGCGUGUGAACCAGUUGCUGAAUUACCUUCCGUGCCUCACUGAGGGAGACAGGGAAGAGAUCAGGGCGCACAUUGAGAGGAGAGGGGACCGUGAUUCUGUGUAUGAAUUGUUCAGCCGCCUGUGGUGCAGGAGUGGGUGGCUGACAGACCUGAUCUCUGCUCUCGAGGAGAAUAAUUCUGAGCUGGCUGAAGAGCUCCGUCGAGUUCAUGAGUCUCGUCAACUCUCCCCUCAAAGGAGCUCCUCGGCAAGCUCUACUCCCCCCGCUGCUGCAAACGCCUCUCAGUCACACGUUUUGAAAUCUGCUCCUGUGGUCCCCAGUGCGACCUCUUCUGAUGAUCGCCCGCUUUCUCCUCCACGUAACCUGUCAAGACCAGCCAGAGCCCAGCCUCCCACAGCUGUAAACGUCUCAACACCUGCACCGUCAGCAUCCCCCCAAGAUGUAGUUGAUUGCAGGUCUCCUGUUCAAGAAACUAAGUUUCAGUCAUGGAGCAGCGAGACAACUGUAAAUGCAGAGGCACACGGGGAGGACAAAAAGCUAAGUAAUUCCACUCCAAAUCAGCAAAGUAGAAAUGCAGCAGAAUCCAGUGUCAGCUUAGAGGUGCAGUAUGAGAAACCGCCUGAUGUCCAAGCUGCAUCUUCCAGAUCUCUGGCUAAGCGCCAGAGCCACUCCAAGGAGGAAAUGCAAAGUGCCAAGCCUGUAUCCUCAAAUUCCAGCGCAGCAGCCGCUGAGCCAGAAGCUGCUGCCUCUACCGACCUUGCAGCUUCCAGAAAUCAGCCCGAGGAGACUUCCUAUUUGUCUUCUGACAGCUUACCCCCCAUGACUCCAAGACGUCGAGAUAACACGCAACCUGAACAACACAACCACCAAGCUAUUUGUGGUUACCAACAAGAAAAUCUGUUAGGUGAUCCUACCAACAACAAACCCUUCAGCCAGCAGAUACAAGUUGAGGAAGAGCAAAAAGAUGCCCACGGUCCCUAUGUUCCAGUAGCUGCAGCCGUGGCUGUUCCACCAACGGCUCCUUUGCUUGGCCAGUCUCCCUCCCGGGGUGAUCAGCUCCCCCAAAGGUCGUCAAAAAAGGAGCAGAACAGCCGGAUCUUCAACGCUGCUCUUGCUAGGUUUCGGCCUCUGCCUUCAGACUUCACUGGUUCUUCCUCCACCGAUGUGAUUCCUCCCAGCUCACCUGCAGCUGUUUCAGACACCCUGAGCGAUGGAUAUUCUGAUGAUCUUAAACACCCUGUUCAGGAGAGAGAGCUGGAGGGGACAGAGGUCUGGACCUGCUCUGAGCUGGCGCAGGAGAAGGUGACUGGGAAUGCUUCUUGGCCCUCCUAUGGUACUCCUACGAAUUCAAGGGAGGACAGGAAUGAUGCCAGUCGCCCUUCCAGGGACAGUUGUGUCUUCUGCAGUAACCAAGAAGAGGAAGACAGCAUGCUAUCGAAACCUGGUGUUCUAGUUUCAGUGGGAAUCCCAAAGGGACGGCUUGACCCGCAGGUGAGCAACCUAGACACAGAAUAUUCAGGAACCUCAGAUAGGUUUCGCUUCAGCGACGACUAUUCGGUGGAAAGCAAUUCCUUAAUGCUGAGCAAUUCUACUCAGCAUAGUCACUCUGAAGAAGCGUGUCUUGACCCAGCUGAAAGCACAAGUUCCAGAAGAAACGUGACGAGAGGAAAUGGUAAUGCUUCUCUUGACAACCAUUCAGAUGAUAGCUCCAUCAGAACCCACACGUUUCACGUGGAGGAACCUCCUAGCGUUGAUCUUGCUGCAGCGCCCGAUGUGACUGGUCUGGCUUUUGGGAAUGCUAGCCAGUCUCCAGGGGUCUUUUCUGACUCUGUCGCCAAGGGUCAGCCGAUCAAAAAUAUCAACUCCCCUCCUUUGAGCAACCAUGGUCAAAGAAAUUCACUUCAGAAUGAGAGUAUCGGCGAUGCGGAACCAUUGCUCAUGAGUAAUUCUACAGCGCUUGCUGUUGGUUUUGCCCUGACUUCCCUGGUGGCUGUGGCUUUUGGACUGUAUAAGAAGCUGAAGAAAUAGGAGCCGGAGAGAGGUAGUAGAGAGAGUGCUACAGAAUACUGCUUUGAGCCAGCUAAGAGAAAAAUCGAGGCUCAGUCUCAUGCGUGCUGUAAAAUCUUACCUUCCUUUCGGUGCGAAGCUGCAUAAAGAAAAAAUAACGAAGCCGCGCUUGUUUCCUUGAAUAGAUUCCCUCCAAAAACUUCGUCUGAUGGUUUUGAUGGUUGCCUUCCACUCAGAAAUACACUUGAAGAUUCUGUAAACAGUCUGUAUUGUGGUAGUGGUAUUUUAUACUAUAUGUGUGCCAUGUUUGAUCAGAGCCCAUGGUGGACAGAUUUACUGCUGUUCAUGACACUUUAUCCAGUAGAAGAUGCCACUGUUAGUGGAAUUGGUCUGUGGAGUCCAACUCAACGUAUUGCUUUUGGCCAAAUUCUGCAGCGAGCACUUCUGCCAUUUUUAGAGGAGCGUUUAUGUCUUAGUAGCCUUCCGUGCUUAACUCAAAGGCAUGAUAACCUUUGAUUUUCAAAUGCUCUGAAUGGAUAGCACAAACAUCGUGCCUUAAGCGAGAAUCUCAAGGCCUCUGGGCUUCACCGCUAGUGGAGACGGAAUACUGAACAAUGAUAGACAUUGGUACCUGUCAACUGAUCAACGUUUCUGCUGACCUGUAAUAGGAGUUUCAUGGCAUGUCUUGUAUGGCUAAUUGGUUAGGGAGCUGCCUCUUCCUUGAAAUUCCUUUUUCACACUCCAGUGGUGUUCUGAUCUAGUAGAAUACCAGCUGCUCAGUUGCCUUUGGGGACGGGGCUUAAAAAUGUGAGGCCCACCCCUUUAAUUUUUGCACUUUUUAUCAUAAAAAAAUAAAAUGACUCUGGCGUUCUAUAGAUUUGUAGCUGUUCUUUGAGCCCUGGUUUUCUGUAAGUGGAUGGAAUUAUUCCCCCGUUUAUAGUUAGGAGCGCUCAGAUUUGCCCUGGACAUUUUCAACUUGGGUUGGUAUCUUGUCAUCAUGGGCAGUGAAUUCUAGGGUAGGAGGAAAGGGCAUUGCAAAACUGGAAAAAGUACUGAAGAGGGCAACUGAGAUGACCAAAGGGAGUUGGAGCACUUUUCCUAUGAGAAAAGGCUGAAGAGUCUGGGACUUUUCAGUUUAGAAAAGAGACUGCUAUAGGAGGGGCACAGUAGAAGUUUAUAAAAUUAUGCAGAGGGUACAGAGAGAACAUUUUCUCCCUUUUCUAAAAUACUGGAAAUCUAGGGCAUCCAAUGAAGCUGAUGGGCCGUAGAUUUAGGACAGACAACAGGAAAUACUUCUUUCUCUCUUUGAGGCGGAGGACAUCUUUGGGUGCUUCACAGUGUCCAGUUGGGGAGGCAGGAAUUAAUUUUCUUCCUGGCGUGUGGGGCACUCUCCUCAAUUCCUGCCUCUAGGAAGAGCAAUUCUGUAGCAGGCUCUGCUUCCUGUUUCUUGUUCUUAUCUCUGCCUGUCUCUUACCCUAUAAAGUUCCAUCCAUUUUUCACUUCUGUCUUUUCUUGCUGUCCUCUCCUUCUCGUCUUUUCUCCUGGUCGGCAGGGGCAAUUACGGCAGCCAUUUUAGGCAGAUGUUUGCAAAAGAUGGAAAGCAGGGACUCCAAGGACAGCUUCCAUGACAAGGAGGAAUACAUCCCAGUGGCUACUUCGAACACAGUGGAGAACGAUGGAUCCGGCGCUGACGUGCCUUCUCGGUUUGUGUGCGCUGCUGGCAACAAGUCGGCCAUUUCAGAGCUGCAGAAACGCUCCAAACAGCCCCAGGAACCAGAAACAACUUCGCACUCCUGCUGUGUAGCUGUGAGUGCCAUUCUCCUCCAGCCCGUGGAAUUGGCAGAAAAAAAUGCCAGGAGCCUCUCCAGCUCUGAGAUAGCAGCGAACAUGGCUUACCAACCUCCUAUCGAGAGAUUCCGCUGCAGGCUUCUUCCCUUCAGACCAAGUCCUGCCACCUCAACAAGAUCCUCCUCAUCAACUGGGUAACGUACCCGCAUCUCAGAACGUACCCACGUCUGUUGACUUUAUUAAUGUACUAAGGCUAGUUGUGAGAGAGGAAAUCUAUCGUUUCUGCUAGUCUGAAGCAUCAGGUAAUGAUAAAGCUGCAUCUACCUCCUCUUCUGCUCCCUCCGCUCCCAGAUUGGUUGCCAGCCAGCGCUCAAGGGGGAAGUGGGCAGUGGUUGACCAAAGCCUCCAAAAACGAACCCUGGAUAGGAGAGCAUGCAGGUAGCCUCACUGGGGAGGGGAUCAGUCAUCAGAUACUGGGUCUUAUGACGAGGAGGAAAUCUGUGUGCCAGAACAAUUACCACGUUUCUUUAAUCCUAAGAUCUAUCAGUACUUGCUAACCAAAACACUCUCAGCCUUAGAGCUACAGGAAUCGCCCUGGCGGGGAGGGCACCAAGCCAGGGAGCUCCAAAUCCAGGCCCAAGGGAAACAAAGAGUUCUUUCCCAGGGAUGGUUUGUCGGAAAAGUAUUAACGCUGAGUGGUCUAAACUAUCAGCUUAUCAUCAAUUUCCAAAUUCUGUAAAAAAAAACUGUACUGCCUGUGAUUGACGCUCCAGUGGCUGCUCUGCAGUCAUUCGGUCUCUCAUCAGAAGACGAUCAGGGAUAACCUAGACAAGAAGGGAGAGGCAGCAUUGAAGAGAGCUGAUGAGGCCACAGCAGAGGCCAUGAAGGCUGCAGCUAUAUCCUCCACCGCCUCCAGAGUGUCUAUAGUGUGGAUUACAAACUGAUCCAACUUCUUCCAGACAGUAAGAGCAUGGACAGCAGACCUACAGUCCAAGAAUGUGAUUCUGGCUAACCCAGGGGGAUAAACUGUUCAGGGAUGCUCUUGAAAAGAUCUUGAUCGAGACCUGGGAUAAAAAGAAAGCAUUGCCGAAGACUCUCAAAUGCUCUGACAGACUAUUCGUUUGGCUCACAACCAUUUCGAUUGCCGAACACACUACUUGGACCCAGACAGGACCCCAAGCGGUUAUUCGAGACAGUCCUCCAAGAGAAGCAACUUCAACCCAUGAUCAAGCAGGCAGCUACCUGCCCGUGGCGAGAGACUGAGAGCCAAGCUACAAGUGACGCCUGA